AUGAUUACUGCUGCCGAAAAGGAUGGCCGUCUUAAACCAGGCGGUGCUGUUGUUGAAUACACUGGUGGCAGCACAGGAGUUUCGCUGGCAUUGGUGUGCUCCGUCAAGAAAUACCCGCUUCAUCUGGUAACAUCGGAUGCCUUUGCGAAGGAGAAGCUUGAUCACAUGAGACUCCUCGGCGCCAACUUGACUAUUAUACCAAGUGAUAAUGGCAAGCAAACUGAGAAGCUGACCAAGGACAUGAUUCGGGAGGCAAAAUCUAUAGCCGCCAAAACGGGAGCCUUUAUCACUGCUCAGAUGGACAACACCGAUCAGCUAUCUGCGUAUACGAAACUCGCAGAUGAGAUUUAUGAACAAGCCGAGGGCCGCAUCGACGCCUUUGUGCAGAGCGUCGGAUCAGGAGCUGCUCUUCGAGGUACAUCAGAACGCCUCCGUCAGCUUGACAAUAACAUUCGCUUCGUCGCCGUUGAGCCAGCGGAAUCUGCUGUGCUAUCGGGCGGUCCGUCAGGAUCUCACAACAUUGAUGGUAUAGGAGCUGGAUAUGUUGUACCAUUAUGGUAUGAAGGUAUCGCAGAUGGAUUCCAGGGUGUAUCGACGGCAGAUGCAAGGGCCAUGGCAUUUAGGUUAUCUCGUGAAGAAGGGUUAUUCUGCGGGCUUUCAACGGGGGCUAACGUGACGGCCGCAUUGCGCGUAGCAGAAGGUCUCAAGCCUGGAUCUACUGUUGUGGCCAUUAUGUGCGAUUCAGGCAUGAAGUAUAUGUCGGGAUUCUCUCAGCAUCUGGAGCCUCUUCAGAAAUGA